UGGCAAGUCUGUUGACUACUAGUGGAGUGAAAAUACAUAGAGCAAACGAAUCGUUUUUAUUUGGGCUUUAGAGGUAUUUGCAUAGGCUUGAUGCUUGCUUGAUAGCGGACAAAUUAUUUCGCGAUGAUGUAGGUUGCUGCUCAAGAUCAUGAAGUAAAAGAAGUUAUCUAGUUCGCAGUCAGGUAAUUUUUUUUAUAUGGCUAGGACUACGCAUUAUUCACAAUUUACAGCAUUUUAUUUUCACCUACAAGUUGGCUGUCAUGCCGUUCCUCAAAGUAACUGGGAAGGAACCCCUAAACAAAUUAUUGGACCGAAUGGCGCAGAAAAAUGGCUUGCGGCACACAAUUUAUUUGGCCAACGGAGAUAAAUACACAGGAGAAUGGCUGAACGACAAAAAACACGGAAAGGGCACCGAAGUUUAUAAAAAGACUGGAGCCAUUUAUGAUGGUGAGUGGAAAUACGGAAAACGUGAUGGGUUUGGCACAUUCAGUGUGAAACUACCUGGAUCUGAAGAAUACAGAAAGGUUUACUCAGGAGGAUGGAAAAACAACAAGAAGGACGGAAGUGGAACUUACUUCUACAGUGAAUCUGUCUAUUAUAAUGGGGAGUGGUGCAAUGGCAAGAGGAAUGGUUGGGGCAGGAUGUAUUAUGACAAUGGAGACAUAUACGAAGGGGAGUGGCUGGAAGAUAACCACCACGGCCAAGGAAUUGUAUGGCUUGCUGGAGGUCACAGGUAUGAAGGCACCUGGAAGGAUGGGAAGAAACAUGGCCCAGGGAAAUUCUUUUUCCCAGACAAAGGUCAGCUUUACGAAGGGGUAUGGGCACAGGACAUUGCCAGGUGUGGAACAAUGAUUGACUCUGGGAGAAAGGAAGCCUCAAAGCCAACAACCUACCCUAUUCCAAAGGUUUACCUGGAGGAUGUACAUUCAGUUCUAAUGGAAGCUCAGAAAUGUUUGAAAGGCAAUGCAUCCUUGGGGGACCAGUAUAAUCGCUAAAUAGAUCGAUCAAUAAAUUAUUCAAUAAAGAGUAAUGAGACUACC